AAAACGUCACUUCGUGCUCUCUUCCGCUUGACCUCGCGUGCGUCAAUCGCGGCACUCGUCGGCCCGCAGGUCUCCAAUAUUUAUAUUUGGUUCCCAAGCAGCCAUGGCGUCGCACCUCUGGGUCAUCGGUGUGUCGCUGUCGCUCACCGCCACGCUCUUCGGCACGCUGGGCAAGGUGCUGCUCAAGUUGGCACACACAUCGUCUCAGGCAUUGUCAGUGAAGGCAGCAGCAACCGUGUGCGUAUUCCUGCUCAACCCCGUAUUUGAUGCGAUGAGCUACGCGUAUGCAGCACAGUCUAUUUUGGCGCCUAUGGCUGGUUUUAGCGUCGUGUGGAAUAUCGUGUUGUCACCGUAUCUACUUAAUGAGAAGGUGUCCACACACGAUAUUAGAGGAUCAGCAGUCAUUUUGUUGGGCUGCGUGCUUGUUGGAAUUUCGGGAAGUCACGAUACACCGACACACCACAGCGCCGAGCUUUUUGCACUUUUCCAGAGCCGUAUCUUCCUCGAGUACGCCGUAUUCGCUGUGUGCACAGCGGCGGUGUUGGUGUGGAUGAUUUGCACGUACGACAAGAAGAGCGGGUGGAGGAGGUUUGCAUUCGGUGCUCUCUCUGGUUUAAUCGGUGGCAACCUCUUUUUCCUCAAGGCCUCAGUUGAAUUGCUGGCUGAAGGUGGAGCUAUUUGGUCGAAUCCGGAGACAUAUAUCAUUUUCGUAUCUGCAUUAUCCACGGCAGGCGGUGGUAUCUACGUCCUUGAUCGAGGUCUGCGCGAGUACGACGCGCUUUAUCUCGUUGCGAUUUACCAGGCUUUCCUCAUCCUCAUCGGCUCCAUUUCGGGUGUUAUCUUCUUCCACGAGAUUUCGGGCAUGAACUCAUGGUGGCAACUAGUUGUCUACCCUUGCAGCAUCGUCACGACAGUGGGUGGCAUCAUUGUCCUGUCAGAAAAGCACACAGAACACUGUGAUCCGGUUUAUCCCAGCAGUGCGAUUAAUGGAGCCAAGCAAGGUGAAAUAUCGCCGCUUAUCACCUCAAACGGAACCAAGAACGGAUUCAAGCACGGCUCCAUUGAGGUUGUUUAAUAGCGCCACGGAUUCUAGGGAAGAAAUAGCACCAUCAACAAAUACUAGUACCUAGGUACAGGCAAUCCAUAGACGUCUGGCUUUCAGUAAAUGUACUGAAUGCUAGCAAAUGCAUUUCUACGCAAGUCUCCGAUACUAACGGAGGACACGUUACUGUCUACGCCUAGUUAACACUUAGUUGCAG